AUGAAAAAGGUUGUAUUGAAUUUCCAAGGCAAUGAUUUUUUCUGUCGUUGUGUGAAGUUCGCAGAAAUGUUCACACUUUAUCUGUCUGCCUACAUCCUUGUCUCCAUUGCAGUAGAUAGGUUUCUUGCGUUUCAAACAGCAAAAGGAUGGAAUGCCUUGAAGAUAAUAAAAGUACUGAACGGAGUUACGUGGGUGAUUUCAGGCUUAUUUGCGAUUCCUCAAACAAUAUUUUUUUUACUUACAGAAGUACACCCUGGUAGAUUCGACUGUCAGGCAUCGUUUAGUGUAACAUGGGGGCUAACAACAUACGUCAUAUUUUUUGCAGUUACAUUAUUUGGAUUACCUGUUAUGGUUAUAUCUGUAUGCUACGCCAAGAUUUGUAAAGAGAUUCGCAACUACCACGCAAGAGGUAUCACGUUUUUAAGAAAAUCAAGCAGAAGAAAGAGUGACGUUUCUGAAAGAUCUUUCCAUUUGGAUGCCAGAGACAAACAAAACAGAUUAAAUAACGAUGAUGGCAGGGAACACAAGUUCAAGAGGAGAGAAAGACAAGUUGUUAAUAAGCGUCGCAGUCAACUCACAUACGCCAAAGUCCAAUCAGUGAAACUCUCUUUGGUUAUAAUCAUCUCGUUCUUUGUAUGUUGGAUACCAUUUUGUACUGUUCAAAUAGUUAAUCUUUACAAUCCUGAGAAGAAGAUUACUCCAGAACACACGAUAUUUCUACUACUUGCUAGCCUGAAUAGCUGCAUAAAUCCAUUUGUUUACCUAGUUUUCAGUGAAAGCUUACUCAACCAAUUAAAAAAAUGGUGUGGCAUCGGUUUUCCUGGUACAUCAAACAGCAAUACUGAUGGAAACAAUGAAGACCAUGAAAGCAGCUUAAACGACAGGCUGACAUCAACUAAGAUUAUCUUACCUGGGUCACAACAGCGACUUGCAGCGAAAGAGAUUCCCGAGAAGAAGGAGUAA